AUGCCAAAUUCUUAUCAUUAUUUUGAAUCAGGUGAAGUAUCUCAUGAACGAUUAUUAUUAGAAAUUGAAUUAUUAAAACAAUUACAACAAGCUAAUCUUCUUAAUAAUCUUGAUUGGAAAUUAUAUGAUACAUUUUCUUUAAAAAUUUUUCAUCAAAUUGGUAUAUAUGAAGUUAAUGAUGAACUUACUCAACGUUAUAGAAAUAAUUCAAAUGAAUAUGAACAAUAUAAUUUUAUUUCACAAUGUAUUCAAAAACAUGAAAUAUCUUCAAUAAAUGAAAAUUUUAAACAACAACAACAAACUUCUUUAAUUAUUAUUCUUAAUACAAUAUUUAUUUUUAUUUGUCUUUUAUUUAUUAUUGGAUUUUUUAUAUAUGAAUAUAUUAAAUAUGAUCAUAAAUAUUAUUUAUUAAAAUUACUUAAUCAUCCAUUAACAACUAAACGACGUCAUCUUUCAUUUACAGAUGAUUUAUCAAUUAUUCUUUUAACAUUUACUAGUAGUAUUAUCUUCGGUUGUAUAAUUAUUGCAACAAGAUUUAAUCGAAAAAUAAUUCUAUUUGGAAUAUUUGCAUUAUUAAUUAUCGUUCUAUUACUUAUAAAAAAAGGUCAACAAAUAAUCACAAUUUUAUUAACAUACAGAGAAUUACGUUGGUCUAUGCUUUAUGAUUAUAUGUACUCAUAG